GUAUCCAGUGGGUGAAGUUCGGGUUCGGGUCAGAUCCACCGUUUUCUUAUCUGAAAUUCUGAAAUGGGGGAAAAUAUCUCUUCCCUUUUCGUGUAAUCGUUAACUGGCCAUGAUGACGGCAGGGUACACCGCUCUGGCUAUUGCCGGCGUCGGUGUUGGGAUUCCUUUCUCCGGUGAGUUAAAUCAACAACCGGGUAGUACAAAGUCGAAGCUAUUCAGCCGUGUAACAAGUCGUCCUUCAGCUUUUUGGUUCGCUCGUCAUCAAUUUGUGAGGCAGAAGAAAUGCUUCUCGCUACCAAACAACAACUCGAAUUUGAAACGGAGUUUCGCCCUUCGGAAAGACGCCGACGACAACUUCUUGAAGAAUGCGGAAGACGUCGGCGAAGCGUUCGACGAUUUGUUCAACAAAUACGGGAAAGUGGUGUUCAGAAGGAACGAGCAGAGGCCUUCAAUCGCCGAGGUUGAUGACGAUGCUGAAACCUUGUCAUUUGCGGUGGCGGUGGCCAAAGUUGCGAGUGAUGUGAAAGCUGGCGACAUAAAGGUCCUGUUUGUGAAGCCUCUGGUGUACUGGACUCGCUUCUUCAUAAUCGCCACAGCAUUUUCCCGGCCCCAGAUUGAUGCAAUUGCGUCAAGGAUAAGAGAUCUUGGUGAGAAGCAGUAUGGGAAAGUUCCAUCUGGAGACACAAAACCAAACUCAUGGACCCUUUUGGACUUCGGUGACGUAGUGGUGCACAUAUUUCUUCCCGAGCAGAGGGAUUACUACAACUUGGAGGAGUUCUAUGGUAAUGCGAAAUCGAUUGAUCUCCCCUUCGAGAAUCAGCCUCCUCCAUUCCGCGGCUGACAAUGAAUAGCAAGUGUAUUGAACUCAAGCUUGAGUUGUAUGCCAUUCGUGAGCUAGAGCGAGCUUCUUUCGAAGGCUUGCAGAGGCUCAAACAGCCAAAGACUGGAAAGUUUACAGGGCGAGAAUGGUUAUAGGACGGGGAUUGCCUUUUUUGGCCAUGGUGCCGGUACCAUUGUAAUGGGUUAGUGUUAGAUCGCUGGUGUAGUUGAUGCUGUCAUUUGGCGUUGGGAGUGUAACCUGUUUUUGGCCAUGGUGUCGGUGAUAUUGUAAUGGGUUAUUGUUAGAUCACUGGUGUAGUUGAAUAGAAGUAUAGAACACCGCUGGACCACUGUAAUGGGUUUCUGAAGUAGUUGCAGUAUACCGAUUGUAAACAAAACACUCUUAAUCAAGAAGCUAUUUCAGACUUCUAAAACCCAUUGCAUAGUACAUUUCUCACGGUUACAGAUGAUCCUUUCUCGUCUUUUUUCUUGUUCUUUGUACCUUAACUUACACAUUUCAUACAUGUCAAAGAUCGAAUAGAGCAUGGCUGGACCAGCAGUUUGCACCUGGUAACUCCUUAUCACCGGAAUGUGCGACUGAGGGGACUAAGGGACGAUGGGCCCUAAGCGGAGACUUUGAUUGAUGAGUACUACAUUCCGGCGGAACACUUCUUAUGGGCAUCGAUGAAGUUGCAGUAAGAGAGGAGCCAGGAUCAAAGCACACCAACCAAUGCAACAUUACCGCUGCAAGCGUAUCUCCUUGUGUCAUGACUCAUGAGGCGAACUGACAAUGAGGCCUUUCACCUAAGAAGAAGCUUCAUGGCCUGUGCAGUGUUCAGGAUUGAUUUUGAACCAAAAUUUCCAGCAGAAGCUUUCAGACAUACAUCUCAAAGGCUAGUUCCUGGGCAGCACAUGAACACAUUGUCAUCAUAGUAGCAUAAAAGCAAAGAUGCACGGACAUAGUAGCACAUGAACACAUAUCAAGUGAUAGAAUUUAAAUACGGAGACAUACAGCUACAGAAUCUCUGAGUGCUGACUGCCACCUGUUUACACCUAUAAUAAUUUUGGUCCAAAUUAAAUGCCGCAUGAAUUAGUUUCGGUAUUUGAUUCGAUGUCGUAUGACAAAAAACAGUGUCGUUUGGUGUUGAGCGGCAUCGCGGAGAGUCUAAACGGUGCCGCAAGGAGGCUCAGCGGAACCGUAGCACUGGAAACGACACCGUUUACCGGGAAGCAAGAUGUGGGCCGCGCGUUUGGUAUUGGUGUUGGGAAAGGAGUUUUGAUUAUUAUUAUUAAUUAUUAUCUUUAUUCCUUGUCGGAAGGGGAAAAUCGGUACCGCAUGGAGACAAGCGGUAUCGCGGAGAGUUAAAACGGUACCGCGGAUUUAAAAACGAUGCCGCGAGAGCCUGAUAAGCGGUACCGAUUAAUUAAACCAAAAUUCGCCUAGUCCAAUGCGAGCGCCGAUUGGCGGCGGUUUCAUGGAAUUUUUUGGCUAUGUUAGCGGUGUCGUUUAAUUAAAAAUGGUACCGCGA